AUGGACGCGACACGCAUCAGCAACCGCCGCAUAAACAGCGUCCAGACCCGCGAGCGCCUGCAGCGCCACGGCUCGGCCAGUGCCCGCGCGAGCAGGCGCCCCGUCUCCGCCCAGGACGCCUACCUGUACGCCCUGCGCGUCGCCUACCUCCAGUACCUGCUGCAGCCCCGCCAGAAGCGCGUCCAGCAUGUGCCCGCCCCCAAGCCCGUCCAGCGCGUGUCCACCACCACCGCCGCCAACGUCAUAUCCGAGAUCGCCUCCAUCCGCGACUCCAAGAGCUCCAAGUUCCCCCAUGGCUUCAUGGCCGAGCUGGAGAAGCGCGUGACAAAGGUCCUGAUCGGCACCGAGAAGAUGCCCGAGUUCAGGGACGCCGCUGUCAAGCGCACCUUUGCCGUCUUCCUCAACGCCUUCAAGGAGCCGCAGGCCCGCCGGAACAUGGAGCAGGACCGCAAGGUCGAGGGCCUGGUGCUCAUGUUCUUCUCCACCGCCACCAAGGAGAUGCAGCGGGGCAAGCAGCUGGGCGACGACAGCUACAAGCUCAUGGUCGACCGCCACCUGGCCCUCUUCAUCCGCCUGAUCAGCUCCACGCUCCGGGACCAUGACUGGCAGCGCGACCGGCCCGAGCUGCUGCAGCGGCUCCAGACCAUGGAGAAGAAGCUGCUGGUCCACGACCAAGACUUGACCGCCGAGAGCCAGCGCAACGGUGGCCAAGGGGGCACCUCGGUCGAGGUGCUCGUGGAGCGCUCUUAUGAGGUCAAGGACAUGCCCCUUGUCCUCAUUGUCUCGCGCAUCUUCUCCGUGUCUUACUCGGAUGUCCAAGCAGACAUCACCCGAUACAAAGACACGUGGACAGAGCAGGCAGCCUUACAGGACCUGAAAACAUACCAGACCAGUCUCAGUCUCAUGACAAAGAAGACGCUCAACAUUGAAGACUUCGACGUGGACGAGGCCUACGAGCUGUGGAAGAGUCAAGAGACGUCUGAGCUUUCGCGCUUGAUCAUGGAGCUGCUGCAAGCAAACCCAGAUCUGGCCAAGAGUUCAUCGCAAGGAGCAGCAGCCCAGCUCAGAUCUCACAACGCAUCUGUCGACCUGGGCUCAAGACAAGGCUCGCAGUCCUCGGAAAGUGGCUACGGGCUUGACCAGGCCAUGGAUGGUCUCAGCAUGCGCGACGACCUUGCAAACGGCGACGAGUCGUACACGUUCAUUCCAUCAGACCCUCGCAGCUACUAUCGCGCCAUCGUAAAAGAAGCCCUUACAUACGAUCUAGCCGACGCGCAACAGAAUGACGGAGCCACCGAAUACAUUGGCUUGCUGUCCAAGCAGUCCCAUGAUCUACUCAGCGAUAUCGCUCUUAGAUGGAGACUGCCUCUACCUUCGCGCUUCAUGUUGUAUCUGGAUGUCAUUCGCGAGAAGUACCUGGACCAAGAGCUGGAUCUUGAUACUCUGGAUGCAGCUUUUAACUUUGUAAAGGAGCCGCCGCCAACCGAGAAGAAGUCGAACCGUAUGAGCAUGAUGCAGAUGCCAGCUCCCGACGUAUUGUCUGACCGUUCGAAAUGGACCGUCCACGACUUUUUGCUCAACCAGCAGAUCCUGACAUCACUGCACGAUGCGCUACUGCGUGAGCUCUUUGAGCUGAUGAUGUUCGUUUAUGACACCAAAGCACCUCCGCUAGGACCUAUCAUGUACAUCAUCACAAGUCACAUCUACGAGGAUCCCAUUUUCCAAGCGCCUGAAGAGGCCUUGAAUCAAUUCACCGAACAGCUUCGACAAUCGCUCCGACGGAAAGCAGGCGAUGUGUACGGAGAGAUGCUGGCCAAGAACAUCCCAGACACCAGGGAGGAUUGGGAGUUCUACCACGUUAUUGAGCUUGGGCGAGCGGUAGUGAAGCUAUGUGAGAAGAUUCAAAAGCGAUACCGCAAGACACCCGAGAUAAUGGGUGUCAGUCCCAUGAUGUGUCUGGUUGAAGAGAUGUUCCCGGCAUACGCAACAGACGCAAGAGACAUAGCCUCACGUAUCAUGGAUGUGGCUCAUUCCAAAGGCGACGACAUACCUGUGCAGGAUGGUUUCGAUCUCUACAAAGAAAUGGUGGAUAUCCGUCGCAUACACAGCGAUGCUCUGCCUAAUCAACGGUUUGCAUUCAACAUCGAGGGUUUGUUGCAAGAGUUCGUCUGGCGAUGGAUACAGAUGACAGACUCAAACCUCAUUAGUUGGGUCGACAAUGCAUUGAAGGCGGAUCAAUUUCAGAUCCAAUCCCAGAACCCAGUACCCGCUGAUGACGAGCGACACAGUGUCUCGGUGGUGGACAUUUUCCGAUCAUUCAAUCAGAGCAUAGAGCAGAUUGUGGCGUUGAAUUGGGACGAUGAUCUACAGUACGCCAAGUUCAUGACUGCUGUGUCAAAAUCUAUCGGCCUGGCUCUUGCGAGGUACUGUGAUCUUGUUGAGCAAAAGUUUGCGAGGGAAAUGGAUCGCUUGACACCGGAGCAGGAAGCUGCUGCGCGACAGACAAAAACCCAGCAGUGGGCAACUAUGGCCAAGGACUUGUAUGCACAGAAAGAAACUGUUGCGCCGUUCAACUUCUGGCCUGAGUCACUCGUCAAGCUCAACAAUAUUGAAUACGCCAUGCAGCAGCUCGACAAACUGGAGCGUGAGAUGGAUGUGGAUGCAUGUGCGGAAGUCAUUCAGAAGCACGCACCGCCUCCGACUCAACGGAUUCGCAACAACAACUUCGUCUUCACCAUUAAGAUCAUCGAAGCGGAGGACCUCAAGGCAUGUGACAUGAACGGUCUCAGCGACCCAUACGUCGUUCUUGGCGACGAGUACCAGAAGCGUCUUGCAAAAACACGAGUCAUCUAUGGUAACCUGAGCCCGCGAUGGGAUGAAACGAUCGAUAUCACCACAAAUGGACCGCUCAACAUUGUUGCCACUAUUUGGGACUGGGACACACUCGGUGACCAUGAUUGCGUGGGUCGAACGUCGCUCAAACUUGAUCCUUCGCACUUCAGGGAUUAUAUGCCACGCGAGUACUGGCUGGAUCUCGAUACCCAAGGUCGUUUGCUGCUUCGUGUGAGCAUGGAAGGCGAGCGAGACGAUAUCCAGUUUUACUUUGGAAAGUCGUUCAGAACGCUCAAGAGAACCGAGCGAGAUAUGACACGAAAAAUCACAGACAAGCUCUCAUCUUUCAUCAAUCACACGCUUUCUAGGCGGACACUGAAAGCGUUAUUGAAUCGAGGCAUUUCAGUGACAUCAGUCACCAAUUACUUCCGAGCAGCUAGACCGCAGUCCGUCAUCCAGGGCCCAACACAGCAGGAGGUCACACAGGCCCUUGACCCUCUAUUCGCAUACUUCGACGAGAAUUUCGCCAUCAUGAAGCAGACCCUUACAGAUGCUGCCAUGAUCAUGGUCAUGACUCGUCUAUGGAAGGAAGCUCUAGCAACGAUAGAGUCAUUGCUUGUUCCUCCCCUUUCGGACAAACUCUCUCAGCAGCGCCCGCUGACGCAGCAAGAGCUCGAUAUUGUAUUCAAAUGGCUCAAGUUGCUCUUUGACUUUUUCCACGCCGCUGAUGAAGACGGGAAUGUCGAAGGCGUGCCCAUGGACGUCCUCAAAUCACCCAAAUACCACGAACUCCAGAAUCUCAACUUCUUCUACUUUGAGUCCUCGGAAGAUCUCAUCCGCACCAGCGAGGCCAUGGCCGGCGCCAGCGCUCGUAGGCAACAAGAAACGGCGGCAAGGAUGAACAGGCAAUCCGCGCCGCCCACUAUGGGUCAUCAAUUUGGCGGUGCUGCUGGGCUUGUGGGCAUGCCAACACGGAAACACAAGACGAUUAUGUUAAGUAGAAACUUGGGCACGAUGAAGAAGGCCAAGGAAGAGAAGCGGAAGGAGGCACAGGCUGAACCAAACGAUGACAUGAUUCUGAGGAUAUUGAGAAUGCGACCUGAGGCUGAGAGGUACUUGAAAGAUCGAAGCAGGCAGAAGGAACGACUCGCCGCUGCGCAGGCCGCAGAGAUGAUAGUACGACAGAGCUUGAAUGCCGGCGGUGGCCGCAUGGCAGGUC